AUGGUCCCGAUUCCUCGCCGUGGCGUGGACUACCGCGGCAAGGUGGUUCUUGCGCCAAUGGUGCGCUCUGGAGAACUUCCCUCUCGGCUGCUCGCGCUCAAGUACGGCGCUGAUGUCGUGUGGGGCCCGGAAACAGUUGAUCGAGCAAUGAUUGGAACGACGAGACGAUACAACGAAGCCACCCAGACACUCGAGUGGUUCCGAGUGGCCUCUCACGGCCAGAAAGAACCGCCGCCGGAUGCAAAGGAGAAUAUCAUAUACGCAAUUCACCCUGAGAAGGAAAAGGGCAAGCUCAUCUUUCAGAUUGGAACCUCGGACCCGGAUCGCGCAUUGGAAGCUUCAAGACUGGUCGCAGCAGACGUUGCCGGCAUAGACGUCAAUGCUGGAUGCCCGAAACCCUUCAGCACAAGUGGAGGCAUGGGCGCUGCCCUCCUGCGAACUCCGGACAAGCUGUGCGCGAUCCUGGAGAAACUGGUCCAGAACAUCACUCCUGAAUUCGAAAUUGGCAUCAGUGUCAAGAUUCGCAUUCUCGAGACGCCUGCCGAGACCGAAGCCCUUGUCAGGAGACUUGUCGCCACAGGUAUUACAGGACUCACGGUUCAUUGCAGAACAACGCCAAUGCGACCUCGCGAGCGUGCCAUCCGUGGCCAGCUGCGCAUGGUUGCCGAGAUUUGCCACGAGGCUGGCGUGGCCUGCUUGAUGAAUGGUGAUGUGGAGUCCAAGGAUGAAGGAUUAAAAUUGGCAAAGGAAUUCGGCGCAGAUGGUGCCAUGAUUGCCACAUCCGCUGAGAAGAAUCCCAGCUGCUUCAGGACCGAAGCUGAAGGAGGCCUUGCUCCCUGGGAAGAAGUUGUCAAGGAGUACGUCAAGGCAUCCAUGGAUGUCGAGAACCGAUUCGGCAACACGAAAUAUCUCCUGGCCCAGAUGGUCCCUGGGAAAGCCGGGCUUCACCAGCCUUUGACCCAGAGCAAGAGCUACUCAGAUGUCUGCCGGAUGCUGGGCCAUGAGGAGUUCAUGGAGCAGGCCCGAGAAGCGGACGUGAGGCGGGGACUCGACAAGCCACCAGUGAAGCAGUCGAAAAAGGGCAAAUCCAAUGCCGCUGCCCUAGCCGCCGGUGGGCAGACGGGACAAGCCAGAGUCAAGACACAGCAGAAAAAGGCCCUGUCGGAGCGGGGAGCCAUCGCGCAGCCGGAGCCUGAACCAUUGCCGAUUGCUUCUGUUGGAUGA